AUGGUCGCGCGAUUGGUUUGCUUUGUUGCCGGGGUACUCGCCCUGAGCAGUGGUUUGGCCAGUGCUCAUGGCUCACACUCCAAUGAUCAACCGCAGUCGGACGACUGGGCAACGAGACACAUGAUGGAGGAACAUCACAUCGAAGGCUUUGAUGCGCCCUCAUUCUUCACACUCCACGAUUACGAUGCGUCCGGGGCAUGGACUACCGACGAAGUACGCAAGACCUACGGUAUCGACGACGAAUCCAAUAAGGGCGUGGAUCAGUCGCGCAAAGAAGCUGCUGUUCGUCAAGUCUUUGAUCUUUUCGACCCGACAAACACCGGUACUAUCACCCGUGAUGCCUGGUUGAAGGCAGUCGCUGCUGGCACCCGGCUGCCCGACCUCGGCUUUGGUCCCGGACACCAUGGCGACAUGGAGUAUGAGUACGAGAUUCAUCACUUCGAAAAGUUCCACGGAGAUGAUACCACCGAGGAAGAUUUGACGCAUCCCGAGGAUAUCGAACAUUUCCGACGCCACGAUGAGGAGGAACUUGCCCAGAUCCGACUCGAGAAGCUGGAGCGCAUGCAGGUUGUCGAGGUCAACAUCCCCUCGAAAUUCCGUCGCAACUUCUAG